UGGCGUGUUUUUGUAACCCAUGGUAACGCUUGAUAAGCACCAUAACCUUCCGGUAUAAACCUGUAUCCGGUUUUGGGAGCAUCGCCAGUUGUCAAGAUUUAAUCGCUGACAGUGAAAUGGUAAAUAAAUACUGCGCUCACGAAAAUUACACCACGUUACGAUUUUUUUAAUCAUAAAGAACGGUCUGGCGUUAUCGUUUUCACAACGAUAAAAUUAAAUUUUCCAUCUCCCACCGCCUAGAACAAAAGAAAAUCCAAAAAAACAGGUGGCUGCCAGUUGUCUGCGCAUAUAAAAUCUCUGUGUUGACAAAAUCGAAGAAGAACGAGCCGUGUAUGUGUGACAUCAAUAAUAAAAAUCGUACCGAAAUGAAUCAAUGGAUCAAAGAGGAAUUAUCUAAAUGUUUACACUUUGAUAUACCAAAGGAAUUGAUCGCCUAUAUUUACACCAUCCAAAAUGCUGACGAGAUCGACGGAUACUUCCGGACUCUGCUUGAUUACAACAAUCCGCAACAUACGGCGUUUAUGCGCGAGCUGAAAAUUAAACUUGGCCAUGCCACUUCCGAACUCCCGACAGGGAAUUCGGAGCCAACCGCAAAGAGCAAACAAACAAACAGCAAGCAAACAAAAUCAUCAAAAGCUGCAUUAACCGUAACGCCUUCAACCGGUAAAUCGUCGACAGCAGAAUCCGGAUCUAAAAAGAAAACCAAGUAUGUUAAUUUGUACGGCCAAGAUGGGGAGCUAGCGGAUGUGGUAUUGCUGAAAGGGCGCCAUCACUGCGAUUGUCAGGCAUCGAAACAUCGGCUAAUAAACAACUGUCUUCACUGUGGUCGGAUCGUGUGCGAACAGGAGGGAAGUGGUCCGUGUCUGUUCUGCGGUAGUCUCGUUUGCACCGAAAAUGAGCAACGAAUGAUCGAGAGUUCAUCGCGUAAAGGUGACAAUCUGCGGCGCAGUCUGAUGGAACAGAACCGCCCGGCCGGAUGGGAGGAAGCGCUCGCCAUGCGGAAUCGUUUGCUGGAGUACGAUCGAAACAGCGAAAAACGCACGACGGUCAUCGAUGAUGAGUCGGAUUAUUUUAAGACACACUCUAUAUGGCUGUCCGAUGCCGAGCGCAAGAAGCUUGAAAAGCUGGAGGAGGAAUUGCGUGAGAAACGGCAUGCUAGUCGGUUAGCCCGUAAAGUGACGUUAGAUUUUGCUGGUCGCCAGGUGCUGGACGAGGAAUUGCUGUCCAAGGAGGAUGUGGAGGAAAUUUUUCGCCAGGCGUCUCUGGUGGAUGCGCCACAAAAUAGCGCCGAAAGGGGUAAAGAAAAUAAUGAUCCCGGUCGCAUGAUGCACGAUAAUGACGACGUACAUCCGACACUGUGUGGACCAGCGCCGACGUUCAUCGACAUCAGUACCGGAGGUCCCGCCCCGUGUGCAGUUCGCCCUAGCGGCUAUGAUGGCGUUUAUAGCCGGGUGCAGGACAAAGAGUUUCUCGAAGUUUCCGAUAUGCGCCAUUGUCUGUCUAUGCAUCAACCGUGGGCAUCACUACUGGUAGCCGGUAUCAAGCGCCACGAAGGUCGUACCUGGUACUCGUCCCAUCGCGGUCGGCUGUGGAUCGCAGCCACAGCAAAACCAGCCAGUCCGGACACGAUCGGCGAGCUGGAGAAUUUCUAUCGCAAGUUGUAUGAUGAUGAUGCCAUCCAGUUUCCCACCCAGUACCCGUCCGGGUGUUUGCUUGGUUGCGUAUCGGUACGUGAUUGUUUGCCCCAGGAAGAGUACCAGAAACAGUACCCAAAUGGUGAAUCCGACAGCCCGUUCGUAUUUGUUUGUGAGGAACCACAAGAAUUGCCUAUUCGCUUUCCAGUGAAGGGUGAUCACAAAAUCUAUUUACUGGAUUCUGCAAUUCAUCAGGCGGCUGUCAAAGCGUUACUACGGUUAGCUAAACAAAACAAAAAAUUGGAUGAUUAGACACAGUACAGCAAAACCUCUCUGCUCGAUUACAUCGCUGGUGAUAUAGUUUUUGUUCCUUUCACUUAUUUGAAUUUAUAUCUUCCUCUUCUUCUUCGUUUAAUGACGUAUAAGGUCAUGCCGGUCAUUUCUGGCUUCACUAGACUUAUAUUUACCACGAAUAGUCAUUCCUUCCUACGAGGGGACGAUCCGCAUGGGAUUUCAUACCCGGUCCUGUCCUGUCGAACUGACGUCGUUUAACACAUACACCACCAGGCCGCCCAUAUUUGUUUAUAUCAAAGUUUGGCAAUUGGCUUAACUCCAUCUUUUCCAGAAGCAUUCUAUGCGUAUUGUUUAUCUGCUGAAAUGUAUCUAUAGUCAAAAAAUUUGAUUCUUAUUUAAUUUUCUACUCUAGCUACUAGUAUUGUACAAUAUGAGGGGCUGAAAUAAAAAGAAUGCUUUAAGCUCA